UUUCUGAUUUCUAUAUUUUUGCUUAUUUAUAUGCUGAGACUAUAAAUACUAAAUGUCGCAUUGUUAUUAGUCGUUUUUAUAAAUCUUGUAUCAUUUUUGUCAAUAAUUAGCAAAUUCGUUUAUAAUUUUGUGAAUAAUAUGAAUAUCAUCAUAAUACUGAACGCAUUAGUUCUUAUAAUUAAUUUUUUCCAUUUUUCACAAACGGAAGAUUUAUCAGAACUACCCAAUGGACUUAUAAUGAUGAAAGAAUAUCUUUUCUGCGAUGACGAUGAUUUUUUUCUAGCAAACCUAGACAAUGGCAAAGUUACAAUGAAUCAAUACUACGUGGCAAUGCAAAACAGGGCGUAUAAAUAUUUAUAUUUGUUAUCAUAUUAUUUUCAUCAUAUAGUUAUAUUUUAUGAUGUAGAUGUAGUAAUAAAUUCAAUAGACACAUGUUAUAAUAUCAUUGUUGAAUACAUGAAUCAUCACAAUAUACCAUCUAUAGCUCAUUUGAAAGAGAAAUUACCACAGCGUAACAAACGUGGUAUGACACUUCUUAGAGAUGUUCAAAAAUCAUUAAUGGAAUUUAUGACUUCAAUUAGUCGUUUAUUUGUUUUUUAUCACAAAAACACUAAAUCAUUUGAGAGUGUAAAAGAUAAUGAUAUUUUAAAAAAAAAAUUCUAUACAAAUGUAAAUUCCGGAUUAUUAUUUAAAGGUAUACUCAAAAAAGGUUUAGAUUUUCCAUUUAAUAAUAAUAAUGAAUUUAUUCAAUUGAACCAGUAUUUUGAUGCUACAUUUAUAAUUAUCGAAGUAAUAAGCGAAGAGUACCGAUUAACGAAUUUAUUAGAACUACCCAACGGACUUAUAAUGAUGAAAGAAUAUCUUUUCUGUGAUAAAGAUGAUUUUUGUCUAAGUGACAUAAACAAAGGGAAAGUUACAAAACAGCAAUACUACGUGGCAAUGCAAAACAGGGCGUAUAAAUAUUUAUAUUUGCUAUCGUUUUAUUAUAAAGUUAUAGUUUCAAAAGGCAAAAUAAAAAUACUGAUAAAAAAUAUACACGACUGUUUGAAAAUCGUUAUCAAUUACAUGAAACACCACAAUGUACCCAUAUCAGAUUUGGAAGAGCAGUUACCACAGUUUAAUGAUCCCAGUUGUAUAUAUUUGGUCGAUGUUCAAACAUUAAUAAUGAAUUUUAUGAUUUCGAUUAUGGAUUUAUUCGUUUUUUAUGACAUAAGCAACAAAAUAUUUAAGAAAGCAAAUGUUGAUGAAAAUUUAAAAGAAAUACUUUGUGAAAAUAUAGAGUCCGGAUUAUUAUUUAAAGGUAUACUCAAAAAAGGUUUAGAUUUCCCAUUUAAUAAUAAUAAUGAAUUUAUUCAAUUGAACCAGUAUUUUAAUGCUACAUUAAUAAUUAUCGAAGCAAUAAGUGAAGAGUACCGAUUAACGAAUUUAUUAGAAUUACCCAACGGACUUAUAAUGAUGAAAGAAUAUCUUUUCUGUGAUAAAGAUGAUUUUUGUCUAAGUGACAUAAACAAAGGGAAAGUUACAAAACAGCAAUACUACAUGGCAAUGCAAAACAGGGCGUAUAAAUAUUUAUAUUUGUUAGCUUAUUAUUAUAAUGUUAUAGUUUCAUUAGGCGAUAUAAAAAUAAUGAAAGAAAAUAUACACGAAUGUUUGAAAAUCAUUAUUAAUUACAUGAAACACCACAAUGUACCCAUAUCAGAUUUGGAAAAGCAGUUACCACAGUUUAAUGAUCCCAGUUGUAUAUAUGGGGUCGAUGUUCAAACAUUAAUAAUGAAUUUUAUGACUUCGAUUAUGGAUUUAUUCGUUUAUUAUGACAAUGAUACUAAAUCAUUUAAGAAAGCAAAUGUUAAUGAAAAUUUAAAAGAAAUACUUUGUGCAAAUAUAAAGUCCGGAUUAUUAUUUAAAGGUAUAUUCAAAGAUGGUUUAGUUUUUCCGUUUGAUAACAAUAAAAAUACAAUUAAUUAUAACUAUAAUUUUGACCGUGUAUGUGAAAUGAAUAAAAAUGCUGCAAUAAUAAUUAUCCAAGACAUACAGAAUGAGUACAAAAUAAAAUGAUCAUAAAUAAUUUCUUGUAUAAGUAUUAUGAAAUAAAUAAAUAAUUAAAUUUUAUCACAAAUGUACAUUUGUCAUUGUCAUAAUUUUGAAUUUUAGUUUAAUGAUAAUAAUAAUCGAUUAUUUCGUAUAUUAUGUUAUAUAAAUUUCUAUUAUAUAAUCAAUAAGUAUUUCAUGUUAAUUUCACCUAAACAAGUCGAAUUAGUAGUAUAAACUAAUAAGAAUUUUACCUAAUGUAUACAGGUGUAAAAUACGUUUAUCAUUUACUCACAAAAUAAAUACAAUAUUGGAGAAAAAAUUUCGUUUUAUUGUGGUUACAUAUAUUUUCUACAUAACUUAUAUAACUGUUGAUGGAUACAUUCAUUAUGUCAGAUGAUAACGCACGCGAUCGAUGUGAAAAUCCUUUGAGUCGUAUUGUAUGUGGUGCUGUUACUAUUUUGGCCCUUGUCAAAGUGUUCCAUAAGGUCUUUUUCGUGCAUAAUAGUUUUUUUAUACAUAGACAAUCGCCCUAUCGAUUCGCGUGUACCUUAGUACGCAAAUAUAGUAAAUUCGCCCUGCGACUCUCGCCAUAUCAUCGCCUUGCGAUUAACCACAUCCAAUUGUAUCCACCAUUUUGUUGAAAGGUUAUUCAUUCCGGAUCAGUUCAUUUGUACAACUUUUAAGACUACAGCAAUUGAUAAGUAAUUAAUUAGUUGUCAUUAUCUUAUUACUUUUACAUAUAUUACUAUUUAUUUGUCUUUGCGCCAGUGUGGCAUUAGUGUUAAGUGCCUCCCCCCUCUACCCCAUUAGUACAUAAAUAAGAAUUUAUGAUUUAUGUUAAAAAUACAGUUUAUUGUUUUAUAUUCUUUCAAUUAAAUAAUAUAAUAAUAAUAUAAACUCAUUUAUACAGUCCACUCCCUACUUAUUUCUCCUGCAUGAUAUAGAUACUCCAGAAACGAACAGUAACUAACCCG